AGGCCUAGCCCCUCCUCUCGGCGGGAUGGCGGAGCGCCCCUCUUACCCUCCCCGCACGCGGCCCCUUUAAGGGGCGGGCAGGACUCCACCACCGCGCCUCGCCGCGGGGAGGGGGGCGACACUCGCAGCCGAGACGCCCGAAGGCCCCGCCCGGGGGCAGUGGGCGAGGGGCUCCCGGGAAACCAAGACCCUCGGCGGAGGAGCCCGGGCCCUCGGACCCGUCGCCGUGCCGGCGGCUUGCGGGCCGGGCGCACCUCCCCGCCCCGGCUCGGGUCCCCCCCCAGCGGCCCGCCUCCGCGCUGCGUUCGUGAAGGGCCCGCGGCCGGGGCGGAGCCUGCGGAGGCGCCCAGCCGGGAUGCGCCGGGGCGAGCGGCCGGACGGGCCUGGCCGGGCCGAGCGCGGGAUGGCGGCGGCCACAGCGCGGCUCCCGGCGGCGCCCGGAGCGAGUUCCUGAGCUGGUGUCUAGCAGGUGACCAGUCUUCCUUCAGCUCCCAAGCAUGUGGGCAGACCUGGGCCCCACCUUCACACUGGCCCUGGUGCUGGUGGUAGCUUGGGCCUCAGAACUCAAGCCCACAACUCCACCCAUCUUCACAAACCGGCCAUUCGUGGUAGCAUGGGACGUGCCCACGCAGGACUGUGGCCCACGACACAAGGUGCCACUGAAUGAGACCCUACAGGUCUUUGAUGUGCGGGCCUCACCUAACGAGGGUUUUGUGAACCAGAACAUCACCAUCUUCUACCGUGACCGUCUGGGCCUGUAUCCACACUUCAAUGCAGUGGGGAAGUCCAUACAUGGUGGUGUCCCCCAGAAUGGAAGCCUCUGGGCGCACCUGAAGAUGCUACAGGAACACGUGGAGCACUACAUCCGCACGCAGGAGCCGGCCGGGCUGGCAGUCAUUGACUGGGAGGACUGGCGGCCCGUGUGGUUGCGCAACUGGCAGGACAAGGACGUGUACCGCCGGUCAUCACGCCAGCUGGUGGCCAGCCGCCACCCUAACUGGUCAUCAGAAUCGCACAAUGUAGACAAGCAAGCACAGUUAGAGUUCGAGUUUGCUGCCCGGCAGUUUAUGCUGGAGACGCUGCGCUUUGUCAAGGCGGUGCGGCCUCGGCAUCUCUGGGGCUUCUACCUCUUUCCUGACUGCUACAACCACGAUUAUGUGCAGAACUGGGAGAGCUACACGGGCCGCUGCCCUGAUGUUGAGGUCUCCCGGAACGACCUGCUGUCCUGGCUGUGGGCUGAGAGCACGGCGCUCUUCCCCUCGGUCUACCUGGACGAGAUACUGGCUUCUUCUGCCCAGGGCCGAAACUUCGUUAGCUUCCGCAUUCAGGAGGCUCUCCGCGUGGCGAACAUUCAUCAUGCCAACCAUGCACUUCCAGUCUAUGUCUUCACAAGACCCAGCUAUAGCCGCAAGCUCACGGAGCUCAGUGAGAUGGAUCUCAUCUCCACCAUUGGCGAGAGUGCAGCUCUGGGUGCAGCUGGUGUCAUCCUCUGGGGCGACGCAGUGUACACCACUGAAACCUGCCAGCAUCUCAAGGAUUACCUGACACGACAGUUGAUCCCCUACGUGGUCAAUGUCUCCUGGGCUGCCCAGUAUUGCAGCCUGAACCAGUGCGAAGGCCACGGACGUUGCGUGCGCCGAGACGCCAAUGCCAAUACCUUCCUACACCUCAGUGCCACCAGCUUCCGCUUAGUGCCUGGCCAAGCACCUGGUGAGCCCCAGCUGCAUCCACAGGGGAAGCUCACCAAGGCUGACCUCGCCCACCUACAGACACACUUUCGCUGCCAGUGCUACCUCGGCUGGGGCGGUGAGCAUUGUCAGUUGGACCACAGGCAGGCGGCUGGGGCUGCUGGCAGCAUCUGGACUGAGCCCCACCUCCCCGGCUUGCUUGCUCUAGUGACCCUGACCUUCACCUGGACUUGGUAGGGGGUUUCUCACUCUGCCAAGCAUGUAGCAGCUUGUCACGCGUGGACAGACUGAAUUGGGAGGGGGCAGAGUCCCUGGGAUGCCCAGUGGCAGUGUCCAUAUCUGCUCAUCCCCCUGUUCUAAGGGGGAGGGGAAGCCAUCUUCUCGCCCUGGAAAGAGAGAGAAGGGGCACAACUGGGCCAGGGGAGGUAUCUGACCUUACGCCCCUGCUCUCCCCACUCCCCAGUAGCUUAUUAUUAUUGUUGUUGUUAUUUUGGGGUCUCUUUUGUAAAUUAAAUAUAAAACUACC